AUCGCGUUGAAUCACCGAACACCCACAGACAUGAAUUUGACUGAGAACCGUUUCUUCCUUCCCACUAGUUUGAACGUGGGUCCUUCUUCCUUUUUCUCCCCCUCUCUCUCUCUCUCUCUACCUGUAACCUGUACAAUAAUCCACUCCACACUUCCCCGUAUGUGUAUUCUAUGCAUUCAUGAAACUCUAGAUAUUUCUUUCACUAACUAUCUCUAGAUCUGGAUCAUACGCGGACUCCGCCGGAGGCGGUGCCGCCGCCGAUGCCGAAGGCCGACGAAGCCAGCUCUUCAACAAGUUCCGCAGAAGUUCCCGUCAAGUUCCAGGAAGAUGCUGUGGAGGUUUCCACUGCUCCAGUAACCAGUAGCGCCGGGGCCCUUCCCCCGCUUGCAAAUGGCGGCGGCGGUGGCAGCAAUUCUGCUGAAGGAAGUGCUAGGGCGAUUUUUACAAGAGUAAAUACUACGCCACUGGAAGCCAUGAAUUAUGAGAAGGUAGAGCUGCCUUCGGUGUUGGAAAGAUCGAAAACCGAGAGGCGAACGUACAAUAAUAUUCUUUCUGAAGAGGCUGCGCAGAUUUUUGAUGAGCGAAUUUCUGCACAGCAGAAGCUCAAAUUGUUCAACAGAAUUGCUACUGUUAAAGAUGACGGGACUGUAGAAUUUGAAGUUCCCGGCGAUGUUGAACAGCGUGCUCUUGGAGUUGGUUCUGAAAGUAUAUACACUGAAGUCGACGAAGAGCCCCUCGAUGCAGCAGAACUUCAGGAUAUUCCUCCACUGCAGAUUGUAAUUCUUAUUGUCGGAACUCGUGGAGAUGUUCAGCCGUUUGUUGCAAUUGGAAAAAAGUUGCAGGAUUAUGGCCACCGUGUUAGAUUGGCCACUCAUUCCAAUUUCAAGGAGUUUGUCUUGACAUCUGGGUUGGAAUUCUAUCCCCUCGGUGGAGAUCCAAAAAUUCUUGCAGGAUUCAUGGUUAAGAACAAAGGGUUCUUGCCUUCAGGGCCUUCGGAAAUACCCAUACAAAGAAAUCAGAUGAAGGAAAUAAUAAAUUCGUUACUUCCAGCAUGCAAAGAGCCUGAUAUCGAGUCUGGGAUUCCUUUUAAAGCUGAUGCAAUUCUUGCUAAUCCUCCUACAUAUGGGCAUACACAUCUUGCCGAGGCACUGAAAAUACCCGUUCAUAUAUUUUUCACAAUGCCAUGGACGCCAACCAGUGAAUUUGCCCAUCCAUUGUCUCGUGUUAAACAACCAGCUGGAUAUAGAUUGUCGUACCAGAUUGUUGACUCCUUGAUUUGGCUGGGAAUAAGAGACAUGAUAAAUGAUCUUAGGAAGAAAAAACUGAAGCUACGGCCAGUCACAUAUUUGAGCGGUUCACAAGGUUCUGAAUUGAAUAUUCCGCAUGGAUAUAUCUGGAGUCCUCACCUUGUUCCUAAACCAAAAGACUGGGGACCCAAGGUUGAUGUCGUUGGCUUUUGCUUCCUUGAUCUUGCAACAAAUUACGAACCGCCCGAGCCACUUCUAAAUUGGCUUAAAGCUGGUCCAAAGCCUAUCUAUAUUGGAUUCGGCAGUCUUCCUGUUCAAGAGCCUCAGAAAAUGACGCAAAUAAUUGUCGACGCUUUAGAAAUAACUAAACAAAGGGGAAUUAUUAACAAAGGGUGGGGCGGCCUUGGUGACUUGGCAGAAGAGAAGGAAUCUGUAUAUCUGCUGGAUAACUGUCCUCAUGACUGGCUUUUCUUGCAAUGCUCUGCAGUGGUGCACCAUGGUGGUGCAGGAACAACAGCUGCUGGUCUUAAAGCUGCGUGCCCAACAACUAUCAUACCAUUCUUCGGCGACCAGCCUUUUUGGGGGGAAAGAGUCCACGCCAGAGGCGUAGGCCCCCCACCGAUUCCAGUCGAUGAAUUUUCGCUUCAGAAGUUGGUCGAUGCCAUUAACUUCAUGCUAGACCCAACGGUAAAAGAGCGAGCGGUGGAACUUGCAAAGGCCAUGGAAGAUGAAGACGGGGUUACAGGAGCUGUGAAGGCAUUCCUUAAACAUCUCCCUCGUAAAAAACUCGAGCCUGAACCAUCAGAAGAAUCCAGACCGUCGAAAUGUUCCUGGAUCCGCAGAAUCUUCUGUUGUUGUUAAGAGGUGUGAAUAAAAAUCUCGAUCGUCUCCCAUAACAUGUAAUUCUUUGUCACUAUACCCCUUUAGUUUUAAUUAAUUGAGUGUGUUUAUAAAAACUACUUUUUCAGACCAAUAAUUUGUUAAAUGUCGGAAUGUUUUAGGCAAAAUAAAACUACUACAUUGAAAUGAAAUUGUAGGAAUUGUGGAGAACAGAAACCGCAGGCAUUUAUUAACAAGUGUGGUUGUUGUAAUGAAAAAGAUUAAAGAUACGAUGGUCCCAGGCUGUAUUUAAGGAAUGGGGAUAUGGAGAUAAUUUGCAGAGGGGUUGGGUUGGGUUGGGUUGGGUUGACGGUGGAGACUCAGAUAUUUAUUGUAAGGGUAUUUGUGUCAGACAUUUAAUUAAUAUUACAAUUCUUCCAUAAUGUAUUUAAUUUUCAUUUUUUGUUCA